AUGACACGACUUCAACAUCGACUCACAUCAGCUUCAGCUGUCCCUAUCACCACCACCACGUUCACUACUAAUACUACGACGACCAAUACCACUGCUAAUCUGAACAUUAAUCGUAAUAUUGCCACUAAGAAAAGUGCUGCGAUUAAGACUACUGCUAUUGGUAGACCAAUUUCAGCAGAUACAUACGACACAGGCGUUGGAAUCUGUGGUUGGCUUAUUAUCACUCUGUCUUGGGUCAUUCUUAUUUCUACUUUUCCAAUAUCGGUUUGUUUCUGCGUUAAGGUUGUACAAGAAUACGAAAGGGCUGUUAUAUUUCGAUUAGGAAGGCUCAUCGGUGGUGGAGCGAAAGGACCCGGUAUUUUCUUCGUGUUACCUUGUAUUGAAUCAUACACCAAAGUUGAUUUGCGUACUGUUUCAUUCAACGUUCCACCGCAAGAGAUAUUAACGAAAGAUUCCGUGACGGUGUCGGUCGAUGCAGUGGUCUAUUACCGAGUGUGUAAUGCGACUGUAUCAGUGGCAAACGUCGAGAAUGCACAUCAUUCGACACGACUGUUAGCACAAACGACGCUGCGCAAUAUGCUGGGCACUAAGAGUCUUGCUGAGAUUCUUUCGGACCGAGAUGCCAUCGCUAUGUCAAUGCAGACACUCUUGGAUGAUGCAACUGAAAGUUGGGGCAUUAAAGUAGAACGAGUCGAGAUAAAAGAUGUUCGUCUACCAGUACAGUUGCAACGUGCUAUGGCAGCCGAAGCGGAGGCAACUCGAGAAGCACGGGCUAAGAGCUGA